AAACAGUCAGUUUCUAAGAAUGAUAGGUCUUCUUUGAGAUCCACAAAGUUUUCUAACAAUUUUGAGCCAUCUAAAAUUGCGGAAGCGACUAACAUUUGUGAGCAAUCUCCAGAUUUUCAUGGUGUAAGCACACUAAAGUCUGAUCACAAUAAUUAUUUCAGAAUGAAUAAAAAAAAAGAUUUCUUAGACAGACCUACAUCAUCAAAAAGCUCAUCAGAAGAAUCACAGUCAUCAACAGGAUGCAGAAACUGCGGAUCAACUGGCAGUAAGCCUCCAGAUCAAGUACUCCUAAUAAAUUACAUGCAAGAAUUGUCAGCAAAGAUAGAUUGGCAGAAUAUUGGGAUUUCCCAAAUUUUGAACGAGUUGUUCCCAAAUAAUAAUGGUUUUGAUCGGCCUGAAGGGUUUCCUUCCUUGCCACUGGAAUCUCUUGCAAGCUUUAAUGAUCAUUUAGAUGAUAAAAUAUUGUAUGGUCAAAUGCUCAAGUACCUGUUUUGGAAGGGGAAGGGAGAGACAACCUCUCUCUUCACUUACUCUAUUUUGUCGACCCUCCUUAGGAAUAAAUUGGCACGACUUAUUAGUUGGAAAGGUUCUGGAGGGAUCAAACUCAGUUUUGAGAAGUCCAAACUCAAAAAUCUAGUAGAAAGUGUUUGCUUGAAGAAGUUUCCUAACGUACACAUUUCUGUAUUUGAAGACCAUAUGAAACGAUGGUUCAAUACUUCCAUGCAACGAUCAGAUUAGAUCAAUUAGGUCUUUUGGGGUUUUUAUAGUUAUUUUUCACUGUAUAUGAAUUCCAUAAAAGCUUGUAUGUUCCAUGAAAACUUGCUGUGAUUCUCAUGAAUUCUAUUUGUCUUUUAUUUUUUCGUUUUAGUUGUUUUGCACAGUUUAUAUAUUUGUCUGCCUUUGAGGCUUUUAUUUUAGUUUCUUCUUUGAUUUAAAAAAAUUCAUGAUGUACUGCCAUAAUUUUGUGAAGUUUACAUAGUUUACAUAAUUUUGUUUAUUGAUGUUUUCAAGAAAACAAUGUCCUUCAAGUUAGGAAAGAUCUAUGUUAUCUCUUGUAUCCCUUGGUAAAGUAACAAGACUUCUCUAUAAUGUUCAAAUGUUUGAAAUGCAAAAUAUCUUUUAAGUUGAACUGUGCUUAUGUUUGAGAUUGAAUCUUCAACUCUUUCUGAAUCUUGUUGACAGAUGGCAUUUUGAGAUACUAUAUUUGGAGGACUUUUCAAUUUUUUUUUGCGUAUUCUGUAUGUCUUUAAGAGGACUGAUAUCCGUCCUCAGAGUUAAUAUAAUGUAAUAUAAAUAUAGCGUUUAUAUAUAUAUGCAGUUUAUAUAACAUAAUAUAGUUUUUAAUUUAGUUAUUAUUGAUAUAGUUUAUAUAAUAUUUCUUCUUGUGGAUAAAAAUAAUGUGUACUACAAAAGCACUAUAAUAAAAAGUAAUUGUAAUUUG